AUGUCGAACUAUUUGCCGUUGUACGUGGCCAUGGGGUUCUUGAUGAUCGAUGGGGUCAUCGAGGUCGGUUUCGUUGGGUCAAUGGUCGGUUUCUUGCACGACCGGGCUGGGAGGUUCUUCACCAUCGAUGCUCCCAACGGCACUUUCAAUCUCCAUGGAAAGCCCAAAGGAAUCAUCACCGACCAAGGACAUACCAGCAACGGUGCUGCAGGUACCGCUGUUGUACUAGUGGGCUUCUUGGGAUUGCUCACGAUUUGGUAUGAAAAACGACGAGCCAGAAGGACGCAAGCCAUAAACCACUCGGGUAUCUUCAUUUUCUGGGUCGUCAUGACGGUGAUAUCGGCCCUUCUCACCCUGUCCGCCUUGAUCUACACGUUUGUGGUCACGGCCCAGACCGACAACCAGCACAUCAACCUCGCGGUUGCGGCGGCCAACCCGGAGCCGAAGAUGUACCCGCUCGACAACUGGACGCCAGAGAACUGGUUCAUCGCCGUGCUCGAACUCCCUCUCGCGCACGCCAGCGACCGGCGCGAUAUCCGCAAUAACCUCCGCCUAAUGAGGGGCUGGAGAUGGAACCUCAUCCCCCUCUUCAUCCUGGGUGUCACCGUGGCCUCGCUGGCUGUGUGGGAGUUGAUCAGCGGGCGGAGAUGGAGGCAGGGGGAUUCCAGGGAGAAGCUCAGAAACUCGACGCAAAGCCCGAGUUAUUAG